AUGCGAGAGGCUCUCGUUCUCACUCUUGGCCUGCUGGCGAUUGUCAACGCUGUGGAUCGGCUCAAAUUCAAAAUUUGCGAACAAUCAGGCUUUUGCAAGAGGCAACGCGACGUUAAGCCCACUGGAUACGAAGUGGUUGAGGAUUCUGUGAGCAUCAAUGAAACAGCGCUUUCCGCCCAACUCAAGAACAAGGAUCUUACCUUGGAUCUCUUCAUCGUCGCUCUAGAAGAUUCAACCUUCCGAGUAGUCAUUGAUGAACCAAAAGGUGCCGUUCGACAGCGCUAUAGGCCACUGGAUGCUCUUAAGGAAAAAGAUCCAAAGCAGCAAAAGUUGAAAAAGAGCAAAACGGACAAGACGGUCUCAAAGCUGUUGACGCAUGAUGGUCACCGUGUUGUCAUCACACAUAGUCCGUUCCGUAUUGACUUUUACUCGAAGGAUAUACUGGUGACUUCCAUCAACUCUGCUGGACUUCUAAUGGUGGAACCAUUCAAAAAGAAGGUCCUCCUGACCGAUCGCGAAAAAGGAUAUUGGGAAGAGACUUUUAAGGAGCAUAAAGAUAGCAAACCUUUUGGUUCAUCAUCGGUCGGUGUCGACAUAGCCUUGAUCGGAAUGAGAUUCGCCUAUGGUUUGCCGGAGCACGCAGAAUCGUACGCAUUACGUGACACAAAGAACUACGAGCCGUAUCGACUUUACAACCUUGAUGUAUUCGAAUAUGACUUGAACAGUCCUAUGGCUCUCUAUGGCUCUAUACCCUACAUG